ACACAGACACAGGCUCUGUAAGACCUUCAUUCUCAACACAGAGUGUGCCCCACCCCUGCGCAUGCCUGGAUGCUCCUCUCUGCCUUGAGAAGCCCCCUCCCCAGUUUUCCAGGCUCUCGAACAUGCCCUCAGCUUCCUUCAAUCCCCUCCAACCUCCAGCCUCUGCUCCCCACCUUCCUCCCACAAGGUGCCCCAUUAGCUGCCUCAGACACAUCGAAGAUGCCCUCAGAUCCGUGGUCUAGAGGUACCCCAGCAACAGCUGUGCCUUUAACCAGCCAACCACCUUAAGGGGAGACAAGGUUCCAUAAAUGUGCCCAGUGAAUGCCAUCGUGGGCACCACUCCUACAGCAGCUAGGACCACAGGAGGCCAGGCGGCUGAGGUGGCCCUGCAAAGAAGGAGCUCAUCUUCCUGGAGAGGGUGCAAUUCUGACUGCAGGAGGACCCAGCACAGUCAAAGGCACAAAAGUGAGGAGGAAGGAAUCAAAGGUGAUUCUCGGGCCCAUGUUCUCAGGAAAAAGCUCAGAGCUGAUGAGACGGGUCCGUCGCUUCCAGAUUGCCCAGUACGAGUGCCUGGUCAUCAAAUAUGCCAAAGACACUCGCUACAGCAACAGCUUCUGCACACAUGACAGGAACACCAUGGAGGCGCUGCCAGCCUGCCUGCUCCGGGACGUGGCCCAGGAGGCCCUGGGCGUGGCAGUCAUAGGCAUCGAUGAAGGGCAGUUUUUCCCCGACAUCGUGGACUUCAGUGAGACCAUGGCCAACGCCGGGAAGAUCGUGAUCGUGGCCGCACUGGACGGGACCUUCCAGAGGAAGGCUUUCGGGGCCAUCCUGAACCUGGUGCCCCUGGCCGAGAGCGUGGUGAAGCUGACCGCGGUGUGCAUGGAGUGCUUCCGGGAAGCCGCCUACACCAAGAGGCUGGGCACGGAGAAAGAGGUCGAGGUGAUCGGUGGAGCAGACAAGUACCACUCUGUGUGUCGCCUCUGCUAUUUCAAGGCCUCGGGCCAGCCCACUGGGCCGGACAACAAAGAGAACUGCCCGGUGCUGGGAAGGCCGGGGGAGGCGGCCACCAGGAAGCUCUUUGCCCCUCAGCAGAUCCUGCAGUGCAGCCCUGUCAACUGAGGCGGCCUGAGACGGGCCACCUGCUCCUGCUGCCGCCUAGCGGACGCCUGUGCCCAGCCUGCUGUGUGGCCUGCUGGGGAGGAAGUCAGGGAGGGCUACCGUGCCUGGGGACUUUCUGAGGCUGCCCCACACGUCACAUGUCCCUCCUUGCCUGCCCACCGGCCCUGUCUUGGUUCCCUUCCCGGCCGCUGGGAUGAUCCGCCCCAGGCUGGAGCUGGCCUGCGGCAGGCCCAGGGUCUAGCUGCUGCAGACCCACCCCUCCUCCUCUGGGGUGCGGAGCAGAGCCACAUGCUGUUGUGAUGUCAGCGCUGCUGGCUUCUUCCCCCUUUGUGGCUUUCACUGUUGAGUUUCUGUUCUCCCUGGGAAGUCUGGGCACCAGCACUCUGAGCCUCAGCCCUCUGCCCGGACGGGCUCCCACCCUCCGGGGAUGGCCCGGACUCAUGCCCUCCUGCUCCCUUUGGGCUAAAACCACUUCCUACACUCUGCUGGUGGCUUUCUCCAGAACUGCAGCAGCUUUCACGUUGGUGGCACUGACCCUGCUGGGGGCAGGCCCCGUGCUUCUGCUGUAGUGUAUGGAAUUAAUAAGUAAUAUUAAAAUUCACUAGUUGGUGA